UGGCACCCAAAUGUUCCGGGAGGCCAACUAUAUUUUCCGAAAGUCUUCGGUGAAUAGUUUCAAGCAGCAGAAUCGCAGUUCGUACUUUGGCUAUACAGUCAAUUUACGAGUUAGUGGAGUAUUUAUUGGAGCACCAAGGGCACAAUCCCAACUUGAAUCUCAACGAAAUAUCCAUGAACCCGGAGCAGUCUACAAGUGCAGCUACACAUCAGCAUCUGGCUGUUGGCCAUUUCAUCUCGAUAAGGAGGGUAACAUCCAUGUUGAAAGGUACGAUGGUUAUAUUCGAUCCGAGCGAAAAGACUACCGGUUGCUGGGGGCUGCAAUGGACGGGUUGACAGCAGAUGGAAAUUGGUUCGUGGCUUGCGCUCCGAAGGCUAUCGGCGAGUUGAAUGAACAGUAUCAUUUGCAUGGUGUAUGCUAUGUUAUCGACGAUACUCGUGCAUCCAACAUAUCAGAAACGCCACAUAAAAUUAAACCGUUUAUGUUGAACAAAAUGCAGGGCUAUAAACUGCCGAAUAAUAAAAAGGUUUACUUUUACAUGCUCGGCCAAUUGGGAUUUAAUGUGCACGUGACGGAUGAUGGAACUGAAAUUAUCAUAGGUGCUCCUGGUGUCAUGGAAUGGACUGGAACUGUCAUACGCUACCGUCGGAAUAGCAAUAAGACUAGGAGGGUGGCAUGGAAUAAUGUUCAUGUCGUGUAUGAUCGAUACUAUUCACAUGAAACUACUGUCCCUAACCCGAUACGCUUAGAAACGUUGGGUACAUUCUCAUACUUCGGGUAUGCCGUUAGCUCUGGACACUUCUUGGCGAAUCAGAAGGUCCUGUACGUUGCUAGUGCCCCACUUUCUAAAGAGGGGCGAGGAUUGGUGCUCAUCUUCGAUUACGUUCAACAACCUUUAGAGAAUGAAAUUGGCAUAAGCGUGCUCCAGACAAUCACUGGCCACCAGCUUGGCGAGUACUUUGGAUAUGCAUUGCUCACCGAAGACUUCAAUAACGAUGGAUUACCGGAUCUCGCUAUAGCAGCUCCAAUGCAUGGUGUUACAAUGGAGUUCGAUAAUGGAGUAGUCUAUGUUUAUCAGAAUAAGGGAGGAUUGAGCUUUGAGCUACAAGCAACCCUAUCAUCAUCCUACGCCUUCGGAGGCCGCUUCGGAACGAGCUUGGGAAAAAUAGGAGACAUCAAUCGAGAUGGUUACGGUGAUAUGGCUGUAGGUGCUCCGCAUGAAGACAAUGGCGUGGUGUACAUCUUCCUUGGAUCUGUAGAAGGAAUACGAAAAAUUCCGAGCCAAGUUAUAAAGGCUCCUUCUGAUAUAAAAGCUAUCCACCAACCAAUGUUUGGUUAUUCGAUCUCGCGUGGAGUGGACAUUGACGGAAAUGGUUACAACGACUUGGCCAUCGGUGCUCCGAACGCAGAAAUGGUCUGCGUUUAUAGAUCAUAUCCUAUCGUGAAAGUGAAUGCUACCAUCAGUUCAACUACAAACCGGAUACCAAUCGAGGGAAGCUCGAUAGAGGUUGAAAUUUGCUUCUCGCGAGAGUUUGUCCGAAAAGAUGGACCAUCGUUUGAAAUUGAACUGGAGUACAGCCUCAAGCUUGAUUUGGCCCUUCAGCUAGCGUCACUUCAGAACAAUGCCACUAAUUCAUCAUCCAACAUCAUCAAUAUAGCAGCAAUAGUGUCAGUAGAUAUUUCUCCAUCGACGUCUAUUGCGACGAUCAUUUCUGCAACCCAAACCUACGGAUUACAAGUUUAG